CCAUCCAUCCAACGCAAUCCCUGUGCCUGUAAAACGCUGUAAAACCGCAGGAUGUGCUGGGAUAACUGUGCCUUUAGCGAUCUUCAUUGACGGUAUUGUGGUUUUUCGACAUAGUGCAGUCCCCAACAACCAACAAGCUUGUUGAUGGCAGCCCCCGUAGAUUAUAACGAUCAUCUCGAAGAACAUCCUUGGACACCAUGUGACAGAGUAUCGUGUCCUGGCCAAGCUGUCCUAGAUAGGAGAAAAUGCACUACGACGAUAGCUUACAAUGACAUGCCAAGAGCUGAGCAGUGUGAGUGUGGUGAACCUAAGGGCCUGGUGGCUCACAGGAUUCAUCAUGAUAACGUGGCUGUGUUUUGCUGUUGCAACAAGGCGCACAACAUCUGUGACGGCGAUUCUAGAGUGGAUCAUCAGUCGAGGACGGAGAAACGGUUUGUCUGUUCUUCGGGCACUCCGGAACAUAGAGAGGAAUAUUCACCGUUACCUCCCCCGGGGGGAGACGGCCCUAUACAGAGGGUGUUCCAUUCCCUACAUCUGGCUGAGAAGGAUGUGCAGAAGAAGAUGCAUUCUCCACUGCGGAGCAGCCUUUUUCAUGGGGUACCUCCUACCAUAUACUUUUACACGGACGCCCAUCAGGUGUUGGCCAUGCCGCCAGUCAUACGGAAACAAUUGAGGUGGAAGCUGAGCACCAUCACCCCAUUACUGAUACGGCAGACUGUCUCUCGUUCAGGAUUUAGGCUGACAAAACAAGGACUGUACUGGAAUGGCAUGUGGGACAAACACAUCAAGUGUGCUACGUUUGCUUCUAUCAAGAACUACCAGAAGGUGAACCACUUUCCAGGAAGUUUCAACCUGGGCAGAAAAGAUCGCCUUUGGCAAAACAUCUGCCGGAUGCAGAGACUUCAUGGAGGAGACAGCUUUCAGUUCUUGCCAGACACGUUUCUUCUUCCCCACGACCUGAGGUCCCUCAAGGUGGCAUGGCUCCAAGAAGGCGAUGACCACUGCUGGAUCGUCAAGCCUCCUGCAUCUGCACGAGGUUCGGGCGUGCACGUGGUCCACCAGUGGGCUCAAAUUUCCAAGAAGCAGCCGCUGAUUGUCCAGCGUUACAUCAGGAACCCCUACCUUAUCAAUGGAACCAAAUUUGACCUGAGACUGUACGCCCUGGUGACAAGUUUCCAUCCACUCAAGAUCUACGUGUUCCAAGAUGGCCUCGUUCGAUUUGCUUCCGUUGAGUACUCUUACGACUCGGAGGACCUUUCUGACCGUUUCAUGCACCUGACAAACUACAGCAUCAACAAGAAGAGUGCCACCUAUUCCAACAACACGGACAGCAAUCAGUGCCAGGGCCACAAAUGGUCCAUCAAAGCUCUCCGUGGCUACCUGGAGAAUUUAGGAGUCGACUUCAACAAGCUUUGGGACCAAAUGGUACAGAUAAUCAUCAAGACAUUCAUAUGCUGCGAGACUCCGAUCAAUCGGGUGAUUGAGAAGCACACAUCCAGCAAAUACACAUGUUACGAACUCUUUGGCUUCGAUAUUCUGCUGGACGAGGACCUUAUACCUUGGCUUCUGGAAGUCAACAUAUCACCCAGCUUGAGGUCUUCCACACCUGUGGACUGGGAUGUCAAGGGUCAAGUCGUAAAGGACCUUCUCAACAUUGUUGGAUAUCAAAUUCCACAGAAACCGCAGGACACAUCCGUGUUACACAUGCUUGGGCUGGGAUCAGGAGAGGCCGAUUUUCCGCACCUGAGCCAAGUACUGCAUACUGUGGAACUCUCUGAGAAAGAAGCUGAGAAACAUCAUCACUUUGAGAGCAACCCUGAGGAUGGUGCCAUUCUUGAGAGCCUCACACCAGAUGACGUAAGAGCACUGAUUCAGAGUGAGGAUGAGCUGUCCCGGCGAGGCUCCUUCGAGCGGGUUUUUCCGACAGCACACUCUCGGCCUCUCUUGGAACUUAUGGUUCGUCCCAGGUACUACAAUCUUCUCCUGGCAGCCUGGGAAGAACGCCACGGAAUCCAAAGGCACAAGGGUGUUGGACUUCUACAGAGCCUGUGUAGGCGCAAUUUACACCUGCGGCCUCCACCGGGGAUGCUGUCGCAGGAUAGCUCGACUACGCAAUCUGAGAAGUGCCAAAAGAGGAUAGCAACGUUCAACAUCAACAUCAAGAACAGGACUCGGCACACCUGACGUAGCAGCGUUUGUUAACGCAGCACAAUGUAAUAUUGGACACGACUAACUGUUGCGUUGUAAUUGUGAUUAACAGCAACCGAAUGGAUGGUCAAAGAACCUUGGUAACGAACUAGUCGAAAGCCACUCUACCUGUGCAUUGUAAAGUCUUGAGCAUACCUCAACUUUGCAAUGGGCUCAGUGUUUUGUAUUUUUAUACACUAAAAAAAUGUGUUGGAAUGUUUC